UCGUGCCACAUCGCCACCAUGCCUGUCCUCGAGUCCAUGGUGCAGUUCUUCACACUGCCCGAGUACUCGCGUGAGUACGAGUACUCGGAAGACUACCUCAAGGCUGGCUACGUGUUCUCGAUCGUGCUCGACGUCAUGUUCUACAUUUUCUACUCGGCCACUGAGUCGCGUUGUACCAUGCCCAAUCGGUACCUGCUGGUUGAUCCGCUGCUGGUUGCCGAGCCCGAGCUCUGCGCCAACACCACGGCAGCAGCGGCGGCGGCCGUCUCGCAGAUCUCACUCCUCGACAACCUCGACAUCGACUACGUCAACCUGAUGUGUGGCCAGGAGAUCAAGACCCGGUUUGCCUCGUACCAUGUUUCCACACUCGUCUACCUUGUCAUCACCGUGACUCUUCUCCGCACUACCUAUCUGCUCAUGGGCCGCAUGCACAAGAUCGUCCACCGCAUCACCAAGGCCGACGACGCCCUCCCGGCUCAGCUGAUGCAGUCGUACUCAGAGUCGAUGGCCGUCAUUGCUGACCGGUUCAUCAAGGCCAAGUUCAUUGGACUUGGCGUCGUCCUGCUCAUGGUAAUCUUUGAGGCCGUCUUUGUCUUUGAUGAGGCAUACAACGCCCGCGACUGGCUCGACGCCUACCGCUGCGUCGACACCAAGGCGUGGAUGGAGGCGCUUGCCUUUCACCCGAUCACCUUCCGGUGCGCCACUACACUCUCAUUUUACAACACCUUUUUCCGCAUUUGCUCGGCCGGCGUCCGCCUCGUCGUCAUGCUCUGCAUUGGCUACUCUAUCCGAGAUCUGUCAGCCUACAAGCGUGGCAAAGUGUGGAUCGACAUUGAGCUCGAGAAAGCGGCCCAGCCGGACAACGACUCGCUCAAGGGCACCAUUCGCUCCGCUCUGGGCGAGCUGACCAAGGCUCCUGCGAGCUCGGCCUGCUCGCCAAGCACGAGCACCCCGAUUCCUGCGCUCUGCGUCGGGAGCCCGAGCUCCAACGACGAUCUGCCCAUGACUCCUUUGUCUGGCGGCCUCGACUCUCGUUUUGCUGCAGUUGUAGACGAGACUCUCGACAGCCGCCACCGCCGCAAGCUCUUCCGCGACAGCCUGGUACAGGCCUUCAAAGCCCUUGCCAUGCACCUCACUCACGGCGAUGCACUCCCGCACGAGAUCACCGUCGCCGAGUACAUCCGCGGCGGCAUGUCACGUGUCGGCGAAGGGCCCGAGUCGUUUGCCGAGCCAGCCUUCAACUCUGCGCUCGAGGCUGGCCUCACCGCCCUGGAGAACGGCUUUGAGCAGAUCCGGACCCGCCGACGUCGUCGUCGCGAGUCGUCUGCCAACGACGCCGAGCCCCGCCUCUCCUCCUCGUCGUUCUCGUCGUUUUCUGACGGGCGCGAGCCCGGCAACGCCGCUACCUACUUUGUCGAGUAGACCGUAAGCCUGUGGGCCGUUGUUCACCGUGGUUGCCCAUGAAGGUACGCGACUGACCGCGAGCCCCUGACAUUUCUGCGCUUUGAGUCUGACUGCUGCGAGCCCAGGAGCUGACCGGUUGAGCGCUCAGGCCGAGCUUGCAUGCCCAAGCGUCGGUUUCGGCGUGUCUGCCUGCGCUUGCGCUGGUUGCGGAGAUCGCGGCCCGCCGCAAACGCGUCUGAGCUCUGCUCGCUUUCAUCAAGCGAGCGCUCGUUGGCGAGGUCCAACGAUGAGAGCGAGUGGCCGGCUAACCUAAAGUUGGUUGUCGGAGACUUGACCAGCUGGUUGCGCGUUGGCAAAGGCGUAUUGCUGUCCUUGGCAUCUCCCAAGGCCGACACCGAGCUCGUAGAGCUCGAGCUGUCCGUGCUGCACGAGUCGCUUGUAAACAGACUGAUCGGCGA